AUGGUAAGAACUAGAACAACAACAACAUCAUCGUCAAUGUCGUCAGAGAGACAAUGUGAUAGAAAUCAUGAGCCCAAGUACAAGGGUGUUCGAAAGAGAAAAUGGGGUAAGUGGGUGUCUGAAAUUAGGCUACCCAAUAGCCGAGAAAGAAUAUGGUUAGGAUCCUAUAACACGCCUGAAAAGGCUGCACGUGCAUUUGACGCUGCUUUGUAUUGCUUACGUGGUAGUGGUGCCAAGUUCAAUUUCCCCGAUAAUCCACCGAACAUUGUUGGGGGACAGUCGCUUAAUCCGCAAGAAAUACAAGAACUUGCUGCCAGGUUUGCUAAUGAGGAGUCAACAUCUUCCACAACUAUGGAAGGUGAAUCAUCGUCGCGUGUGGAGAAUUACACAUCAUCAUCGUCUGAAGGUGGAGCUGGACAAACGGAUUGUGAUACUAUAGAUUGGUCAUUUUUGGAUUCGUUGGAGUCUAAUGGAGAUACAUCACAUUUUGGACUCUAUCAUGGGUUGGACCAUAUGGAUGGUGAUUAUUAUCCUCCGCCGCCGCCGCCACCUGAUUAUAACGAGGAUGAUCAUAUUGGAGAUGAUGCUUACUCUCAUCAGUCAUUUCUUUGGAACUUUUGA